AUGGCCGGGGGGCGGCGGGCGCCGGGAGCGCUGGCGGAGCCGCAGCGGCUGAUGCGCUCGGGGCUGGGGCUGAUCGUGCUGGGCCACGGCAGCCUCGUGCUGGGCGCCAUCGUGCACGGCUCCGUGCUGCGGCACGUGGCCGGCGCCCGCCGCGCCGUCACCCCCGAGUACGCGGCGGCCAACGUGGUGUCGGUGUGCUCGGGGCUGCUGAGCAUCGCCGCGGGCAUCGUCGCCAUCCUGGUGUCGCACAACCUGUCCCGGGCGGUCCUGGUGAGUGCGGGGCUGCGGGCGGGGGGCCUCGGCGCGGCCCUGCCCCGCCGGCAGCCGCUCCCCUGGACCUUGGCCCCGCGGGCUCCUUUCGCCUCGGCGGCGGCUGCCGGCGCUGCGGGUGUCGCCUGUUCCCGGCUCGGCCCCGCCGGCCGCUCCGGGAGGGUGGGAGCGCCGUCCUCGGGCAGAAGCGCUUCGGUGGGCGAAGCUGCAGCCGGGUCGGGGGUCCCGCGUGGGCUCGCAGGGUGGGCGGCCACGGGGCGGGUGCGCCGGCCUGGGCUGGGGGCUCUCCACGGAGCCCGAGGCAAGGGGCGUCCAGCGGGGCGAGCUCACAGGGGGUGGAAGGACGCGAAAGGUGCGAGAGCCUCAUUCGAGGGCGUGUCUGAGCCGUCCUGGAAGAGGCGAGAGGUCGUGUGUGCUCCUCGGAGGGGCAGCUCUGCAGAGACACAGGUGCCCUGCCCCAGCGUUUCCCCGAGCUCCUGCCAGUCCCACUCGUGUUCUUGCCGCCUGCAGCACUGGACCCUGCUGGGCGUCUCUCUGGUGAACUGCCUGCUGUCCACCGCGUGCAGCGUGGGGCUGGCGCUGGCCUUUGCCCUCACGGUGCACAGCCGGGGCACGCACCUGGUCCGGGGCUGCGACAGCUCCGCGCUGCCUGUGGACGCCCGCGCAGCCAUUGCGACUAACGACUGUCCCUUCAACACCACGCGCAUCUACGACACGGCGCUGGCCCUCUGGUUCUCCUCCCUGCUGCUGGCAGCUGUGGAAGCCGUGCUGUCGGGCAGGUGCUGUUUGGUGGCUCUGGUCUUCCAGGGCAUCGGGCCCUGUGCACAAAGCUACAGCAAAGAGCAGCUGGCCAGGCCAAGUACAGCAAUGGAGAAGCCACUCCGUGAGAGGCAGCAGCUCCUGGCAGGACUUGCUGAGUCUCCUGUGUAGCUGGAGAGGUGGUGCUGCAGGAGCGCUGUGAUCCAGCAAGGCGGGGGCCAAGGUGAUGUCACACCUCCUGCAGCGGGCUGCAGCGGUGAGGGGUGUGCCUUGCCCCCUGCCCCAGCUCCACCACCCCACCUGGCACGGACCCUGCAGCUCAGCAGGUGCUGUGGGCCACGGAUGCUCUCCCAUCCUCGCCCCAAGCUGCUGGACCCUUCCUGGUGUGCUGAAGGCUGUUGGUUUCUGUCAGCAGUGAUGGGGGUGGGCAGAGGUGCUGGGGCCCAAGUCCUGGUGCCAUUGCAGGCAUUGCAGCUGGCUGUGCCUGUGCUCAGACAUGUCAGGGAACAGAAGGGGAAGAACCCCUUUGGUGUAGAUCUCUAGUUUUCUUGAAUAAAUAAACUUUUCCUUUCUA